UCUUUAUUUUUCAUUUCCGAGGAUAAAAGGAUAAGAACGGAGGAGAGCGAAAAAGGAAGAGGAGGAGGAUCGGCUCUACUCGGUUAUUAUGCGAUCGACAUAGCUUGAAAACGAUUAAUACUAUUGUUAUGAUUCAGAGGUACAUCGUGACGUAGUAUACACCUCAGCGAUCUGUCUGCUAGUCGCUCGAGGUAGUCGUAAAGAUCCUCUCAGUUUGCGUUUGGAUUGCGCCGAAUUCACUACGAAUUGAAAUCUUCCGGUAAAGUGAUAGUGUGCGAAAUGAAUGUGCGAGAAUUUAAAGUUAAAGGAAAAUAGCGUCAUGUCGCAAGAUAAUUUAGAAUCAAUCGAAUCGAUUAAAUCGAAAAGCGGGAGUCUCGAUCAUUUCGAAGACGAGAAGCGCGCGAAAAGUUGCGCGGAUGAACUUAUAGUCGGUAAAUCGAAUAAAUCAACGCAAAGUGAUAUCACUCAAUCAAAUUGGAGACAUCCUUACGGUCUCUCGCAUAAAUCUUAUUACGGUGGAUUGCAGCAACAACGUUCGACAUCUGCGUUGCAUUUACCGAAGCACAAUCAAUAUCAGAUAAGCGAAUCCAAUUUUUCCACUUACAAUCCGAAGAAUAACACUCUUUGCUCGACGCAAAGCGAAUUGAUAUUAUCAGCUAGGAACAGAGCCAGCAAAUAUGUCACGUUGGACAUGAGAUCCAACGUCGUAGGAACUCCUCCCUCGCAUUUUUAUCUACCUUCGAACUCAAACAAUUACAUCGGAACACCCGGAGGUAGUACACAACCGUGUAACACGUGUUGUUGCGCUUGCAACGGACCACAAAAUUCGCAAACGAAUGUGCCUCUCGUUACAUCUCCGAUCAAUGAUCACGAUGGACCGCAAAGCCUCUCCUGGAGGAGAUUGCACAUGAGCAGAGCAAAACUAAAGGCAACCGCGACAACAUCCGAACUUUUAAGUGGUUUCGCAAUGGUCGCAAUGGUAGAACUACAAAUAAAUGAUCCAACUGCGGUACCGGAAUGGCUGUUUGUUAUGUUUGCGGUUUGCACGACGGUAUUAGUAUCGGUGCACAUCUUCGCUUUAAUGAUAAGCACAUAUCUUUUGCCGAACGUCGAAGCUAUCAGUAAAUUACAAAUAUCGCGUCUCAUUACAGAAUCCCCACACGAAAGAAUGCGUGGCUUCAUAGAAUUGGCCUGGGCAUUUUCGACGGUCUUAGGAUUAUUUUUAUUUUUGGUUGAAGUAGCGAUACUUUGUUGGGUCAAAUUUUGGGAUUAUUCCUUCACCGCUGCUACUGCCAGUACCAUUAUAGUAAUACCAGUACUUAUAGUAUUCGUAGCGUUUGCCGUCCAUUUUUAUCAUUCUCUCGUUGUUUACAAGUGUGAAACAUCAAUAUCGGAUAUGAAAGAAUUAGAGAGUAUAAAGCGAAACUUGGAUAAUGCAACGAUAAAUCAUACUACGGUAUAACGAAUAUAAUUGGCAAGUUUAUUACAUUUUAGAAACAACGAAACUUUUUUGACUUAUUUACUCAAAUAUAUAUAGCAAGUAUAUAUAGGAAUUUUUAAUCGAAUAAGUUACAUGUUCCUAUCGGAUCUAAUAAUACCAUCUUCGAAAACGAUCAUUUCUAAGCAUAGUAGUGGUGAAGAAAAUACACGUAUAAGUCUGUUUAAUAAACAUUAAUAAACAUUUAAUAAAUUACUUAUUAAACACAGCCACAAACGAAAAUGGCUAUCUAUCGUUUUAUAUAUAUAUAAACGUACAUCGAUGUACACAGAAUGUCAAAAUCAGAAUCAAAAUUUUCAACGGGACAAAUAGGCGCGCGUACUUAAUUCCUUUCUUCUUUGUUUAAUAUUUUAAUUAUAUCUUACGGUAUUUAAUUCCUAAUGCGCGAUUCAAUUUUCAACUUUUCAUUAAACAUGAUAUUUGUUUUUUCUUUGCCUAUCAUACGUAUGCAUUCUUUUUUUAAUUUCUUGUUUAUCUUUGGGUUAAAAAAAUCGAAGAAUUAUUUUGCGCCCUUUUUUCAUAAAUAUAUAUAUAUAUAUAUAUAUAUAUAUAUAUAUAUAUGUAUAUAUUUUUUCUUUUUAAAUUUACAUAACGAACAGUUUUUUGUCGAUAAAAUUUCAGACUUUGCACGAAGUUCCAUAGUAAAUAAUAACUAUAUCGCUGUCUUCUACGAAACUGUGGUUCGUUAUACAUAAUUUAAAUACUUGUCUACAGAUAACGCAUUUUUCAUUAAUGUAUAGUAAACUAAGUUGUGAUUUAAUCGAUUUAAUUUAUAAUAUUAGAUUUUUCUUCCUUCUUCUUUUAUACAAAAUAACAUAUUUAUGAAUGAAAUUAAUAUUAGAAUGAGAACAAUGAAAUACAAAUACUACUAUAUAAAUGCAUCUUCUGGAUGAAGAAAUUUCAUGAGAUUUCUUCCUAAUUGCAGAAACGUUUUCAUGUAUAUGUAUAUGUAUAUAUAUAUAUAUAUAUAUAUAUAUAUAUAUAUAUAUAUAUAUAUAUAUAUAUAUAUACAUAUAUAUAUAUAUAUAUUUGAUAGCGCGAUAUAUUUUAAAUGGUACUUAAUUUAAUCUAAAAAUAUGCUUCAAUACAUAUCUUUAGAGAUAAUAUCUUACUUUCAAGAGUGGGAAGAAAUUCGUGAUGUAAAUUUAAAUAUUCUUAGAUUAAUUAAUUAUAUAUACAACUGAAUGAUUAAUCUAAAACUUAUCUUAUAUAUAGAUAUUUUUUUUUCUUUUUUUUUUUAAUCGUAUUACACAUAAGUGUUAUCGAUAUAUAGUAUUAAAAAAUCAAGUUCGAAAAAUACUCGUACAGAGAAAUAAAU